AUGGUUGUUGUUGAUGAUAAUGAUGAUGGUGACGGUUAUGAUGGUGGUAUGCGUCACCUCGAGAACGAGGUCGCUAAGAACAGGCUGCUGGCGCGUCAUGAGAAGUCAGAACGUCUGCGCGAGGCGGACAACGCCCGGGCACAGCUGCAGAGGCUGCGCAACCAUGUGCAGGACAUGACUCCCAACUGCCGUACUCCACACACUCGAGUGACGGCCAGUGGGCGAAAACGCGCCUCCAAGAUGGACACGGAUGCUGAGGAGGAUCUUGCACGGGACAAGCGCUCUCGCAACGAAAAUUAA